GAAGUUUGCACCGGCCGAUAUCGCAAGGACCUUUGCGCGCGAGUUCGAGGUCUCUUUGAAGCUGCCGAUUGUUUUUCUCCGUUGUUGUAUAGGCAGUGGAGAGAAACGUCGGGGGUGGAAGGAGUUGAAUUGGCCGAGGACUCGCGGGGUUGACGGGUCGGUGGGACUUUCGUCCGUUUGCAAAACUCGCUGCUCUACGGUGAUGUGUAAGGAGGACUGCGGCACAGGUGCGAGGAGAGCUGUUGGAGAGAUUCUUUUUGUUUUUAGGCGCGUGCGUCAGUGCGCGCAGAGAGAUUUUAUUUCGAUCGUGUGCUUUCAUAGUGUAUGUAUUUUUGUAAUGUGUGCCUUGAAUGUUUUUAACAUAUUUUUGAUUGGAUGUAAUUUUCUGUACUGUGAUUUUGUAUAAUAUCGUGCAAUCAGAAUUAGAUGGAUCAGCAAGAAGAGUUUUGCGAAUAUGUAUGCGCGAAGUGAAAAAAGAUCAACCGCCUUAUAAUGUGUUGUCGAACUACGUCAGUUUCAACAAACUUUCAUGCGAUCGAUGACAGAUUAAGUUUGACAAAUGCAUUCGAUCUCGCAGCUCCUUAUCGAUCAGGCAAUUGAAUUUAAAAUGAAAGUUCAAUGUUUAAGAAUAUAUACGUGCGUCUCGAACGUCUGCCUUAUCGACAAUUGUUAAUGAAGGAUUCCGAGCCUCUUUCUCCGCAGCCGCACGGAAAAGUUUGGAAACGUCUGGAAUCGUUAUCUCGAGCUAAAAGCGUUACUUACCCUGUACGCUGCAGCAUCGUUAUUCAUUAAAUCAAAGUUCUCCAUUAAUCCGCAUCUCGCUAUAAUUAAAUCCAUACAGCACCAAAAAAAUCGAUCGCUUCCCUAACGAUUUCCAUAACCGAUUUCACGCGAGUAAAAUGUACAGCAAUCAUCGCGGUAACGUACGAUCCCGCAUAACUCGCAAUAAUCGCGCUAAAUUAAAUGCACUAUCUAUCCUCGGCAACAUCACCUCAUUAUAUUAUAUACCACUUGCACUGCAGCGCACGAUUAGCAGUAUCGGCAAAGCGGACAUCGUCGCGUCCACGUCCUCGUCACGCGUUCGCCGAGUGUAUGUCUGUGCGCGGAGAUUCGAUAAAAGAAAAAGGGAGACGCGGAGAAGACGCUUCCAUGUUCUCACCGAGAGAGCAGUCUGUCACCUCUUUCUAUACGUAUGCGGCAAUACGCGUAGAAGCGCCUCUGUACAACUACUUGUAUACGUACAAACACACCGUCAUAUGCGUGUGCGCGUAUAGUAUAGGUGCGUAGCUAAUAACGGCAGUUCCAGCUGAGGCGUCCAGUCAACCGGCGAGAACCGGCGAGUUACUUUAUACUGUGUGUCUUCCGAGCUUGGAAACUGCUGUAGUGGCUACUCGUUGCUUGCAGGUAUCCUAGAUAUACAAUUCAGAGGGGCUGCUGAGUAACUGCACAGAGUGAGUAUGUGAUGGAUAUGCUGUGAGCAGUUGAGGCUUUUAGUAGAUGUGGUGCUCGGGAUUCACCUGAGUGCAUCAGUUGUAGGAUGCAGUGUGUGAGUUUAAGGUCAUCGAUAGUGCGCUUCUAUAAGGUCUGCGUAAUAAACAACAAGCAGAUCGGCAUCGGCUGCACGCGGAGACCAAGUGAUCCAGAAAUAGAGAACUAUGGAUAAGAAACCGCAGACGAGCAGUAGCCAGCAGUGCUGCAUACUGCCGAAAAAAGUCGCCUCGGAGACGAAGAUUGCGGACGAGGAGGGUAAAAAAGCGACGGCUUCUAAGUCGGCGAGCAAAAUUGCUGAGACCAACAACAACGAUGCGGUCAGCGAUGUUAAGGAGAAGGUUACCGAUAAGCUUGCGUCACCCGAAAAGUCUAAAAAAAUCCCGAUUAUCGACCAGCAGCCCGACACGUCGUACAAGCCAGAAGGUACAGCUGUGCCCCGAACAAAGCCUCCGCUACCGGCUCCCAUCCUGACCGGUCGUCCGAUCGUCCUGGCAACGCACCUGGUACCGUCGUUGCCGAUCACUUUGUUCGAGGCCCUCGCGGAAGCUAUCGAGGCUGCAACCAAUCAGCCGGUGGUACUUUUACACGAGUCCAGAACCGAUCGACCGGUUGCCAGGGAUGUCACGGAUAUAGCCAUACUGCCAGCUGGCGAAGAAUGGGAAGAGGGAAACUUGCUGCCCUUGAGUUUCGUUUUCGAGCACCACCUCAACAAAAAUUUCUCGCCCGCUGUCUAUGCCGACGUCGUCGUUGCCACGGAUCGAGCACCGCAUGUUGAAAACAUAAUGGACCUCAGAGGUCACAGAUGCGCGCUGCCAGACAGAAGGAGAGCAGUCGGAGUAGCCACCCUGCUUUUCAAUCAGUUACGAGCCAAGGGCGAAGGACCGGCCUUCUUUGGAAAUACUCUAGAUGCCAACUCACAAAUGUCGGCCCUGCAGAUGGUUGCCGGAAAGCAGGUCGAAGUCUGCAUACUCGAAUCUCCGGUGAUCAAAUACCACAGGAAAUCGCUGCCGGGAGUGUAUUCCCUCCACAUUCUGAGCAGCUUGGGCCCACUGCCUCCGUAUCCGAUCUUCGUAAAUAAGAACAUGUCGAAUGACGUAGUUAACAAGAUAAAAGAGUACUUGAUCAAUAUUCGCAAAGAUACAGAAUGGAUGGAGAAAUUAGCGCCUUACGGUGUUUUGGGCUUUGCCGAGUACAGUAAGAGUCUCUACGAUUUCCAAGAAAUGAAAACUGUAGCAACCAGCGCUCCUUACUACUGAUGUCUUUUGCUUUUUAAUAAAAUAAGAUUCAUAUAUUUUUGUAUAACUUUGUGAUAAGAUCUAUAUGAUCAGAAGAAGUCAUUGUAUAACAAUUUGUGUAAGAAAUUAAUUAAUUUUAUAUUUCUUAUUAAAUCUAAGUAAUGAAAUUAAAAAAAAACAACUGCUUACUGUCA